AUCAAUAAUAACAACAAAAACCAAAAAGAUAAAAAAUACAAAAACAACAGAAAAAAAGAAAAAGAAAACACAAUAGGAAAAACGCACCCAACUAUACCUAGCUGGAAUUCAAUUUUCCCAAAAAUUCAUCGUUAAAUUGAGUGCAAGAUAUGUUUCAUUUUCUUAAAAAACCCAAAGAUUUUGGUACUUCAAGAACCCUACUUCUCGUUUAAUUCAAAAAAGUUAUCAUAUUUUCUGCUAUUGACGAAAUCCCCCAUUUGAAGAGUUCAUUGGGCAAUCAAAACUAUGGCAGAUGAAGGUUUGGUUUCUCAUAAAAGAGACCCCAUCAAAGCUUCAGUUGGCAAUGCUGCAGCACAGCGAAGACGGCAACAUGCUGUUACAGUGGGGAAGGAAAGGAGAGAAGCCCUGAUGCGUACAAAGCGGCUAUGCAGAGUGGGAGUUAGUGGUGAUUUUGAUGAGGCCUCUAUUGAUGAUAGUGAUAUGAUGAUUGAAGAAGAUCAAGCAAUUUUGGAGGCCUUGACUUCGGCAGCUGUGGAAGAAUUAAAACUUGAUGUUGCCUACCAGGGUAAAGGGGCAACAGAGAAAAGGGUGAAUGCUCUUCGUGAGCUGAGACGCUUUCUCUCUAGGUCGGAAUUCCCUCCUGUUGAAGCUGCCCUACAGGCUGGAGCUAUACCUCUUCUUAUUCAGUGUCUUUCAUUUGGCUCUCCAGAUGAACAGUUGCUUGAGGCUGCUUGGUGCCUAACUAAUAUUGCUGCUGGAAAACCCGAGGAAACCAAAGCUUUGUUGCCUGCAUUACCAUUGCUUGUGGCUCAUCUAGGAGAGAAGAGUUCCUUACAUGUCGUGGAGCAGUGUGCAUGGGCAUUGGGAAAUGUUGCUGGUGAAAGUGAAGAGCUGAGAAAUGUUCUCCUAUUACAAGGAGCCUUACCAGCUCUUGCAAGGAUGCUGCUGCCUAACAAGAGGUCAACAGUGAGAACAGCUGCUUGGGCAUUAUCAAACCUAAUCAAGGGACCAGAUCCUAGAGCUGCAACAGAGUUGAUAAAAAUUGAUGGAAUACCUGAUAGAAUUGUUCGACAUUUAAAGAAAGGGGAUGAUGAGUUGGCCACUGAAGUAGCAUGGGUUGUUGUGUAUCUCACUGCCCUUUCAAAUGUUGCAACUACAAUACUGGCAAAGAGUGAUCUCGUACAAGUACUGGUAGAAAUAUUGGACAUGUCAACUAGUCUGCAACUGCUUAUCCCGGUGCUGCGGAGCUUGGGAAAUCUUGUGGCUGGUGAACCUCAUAUAACUAAUUUUGUUCUUGUUGUGAGACAUGCGCUAACAGGUGAUGCCAUCCAAGCACUAGUAAAGUGCUUAAAGAGUGAACACCGCAUCUUGAAUAAGGAAGCUGCAUGGGUGCUAUCUAAUAUAGCUGCUGGUUCAGUGGAGCAUAAGCGGUUGAUAUAUUCAAGUGAAGCUAUGCCGCUUCUUUUAAAUCUUCUUUCUAAAGCUGCAUUUGACAUAAAAAAGGAGGUAGCGUAUGUCCUGGGAAACAUCUGUGUUGCCCCUGCUGAAGGUUCUGGAAGGCCAAAUGUGAUUCUUGACCACUUGGUCAAUCUUGUUCAUGGAGGAUGCCUAACUGGUUUUCUGGAUUUGGUAAGAUCUGCUGAUGUUGAGGCAGCGAGAUUGGGACUGCAAUUCAUUGAGCUGGUCUUGAGAGGAAUGCCAAAUGGAGAGGGUCCGAAGCUCGUUGAAAGGGAAGAUGGUAUUGAUGCAAUGGAAAGAUAUCAAUUUCAUGAAAAUGAAGAACUCAGGAGCAUGGCGAACGAGCUGGUUGAUAGUUAUUUCGGAGAAGAAUAUGGGCUUGAUGAAUAAGAACAUGUCCAUGUGUCAACUGAUUUGGUUCUCUAACUACUAUGAAGCUUGUGGCUCACCAAGAUGUGCAUAUAUUAGAUAAGCAAUUACAUGGUUUUAUGCUAUCUGAAUUUGGAUUAUCAGGUUUUCCAGAUGUAGUUGUAUUGAAUUAAGAGUUU